AUGUCCAUGAGUAUAGAGAUGGAGAAAAUGGUUACAGGUUCUUCUAGCACUAAUGGUACUUUCGAAUGCAAAACAUGUGGAAAAAGAUUUCAAAGUUUUCAAGCACUCGGCGGCCACCAGGGAAUCCACAGGAAGGUUGAUCACGUUAACGAAAGAACCUUGUUAACUCUGAAUAUCUUGGCUCCAAAGGCAGCGUUGCACCGAUGCAAGAUUUGCAUGAAGGAGUUUGAGACGGGGCCUGCGUUGGGCGGCCACAUGACGCGCCACAGGCUUCAAAAAGAUUUGGACAAGGAGGUGGUGGAGGGUGGCGGUUUGAUGCUGAUAGCGGCCGAAGCGCAGUUGGAGGCUGAGGAACGGCAUUAUAUGGAGUUGAUGUUGGCGGCGAAAGAAUGGCGACUGUUUAUGUGA